CUUUAAUUGAUUCGAGGUGACAGAAACGGGGUGGUGUUUCACAGAGAGACACACACACGGAGAUUACAAUGAGGAAUCGGAAUUUAAUUUAUCAUCGGGGAUUAAAUUGUAUCGAGUUCUAACAAAAUAUUUGGGAUGUAAAAGGCGCUGAAAAUGUGGGUCUCUGGAUUCUCAUGGUGGAUGCCCAUUGUCUGCUUGGCAGGUGUAUCCCUUGGUGUUCAAGUGACCAUUUCAGAACAGAAAAAAAUAGCUAUGUUGUUCCAGCCUGUUGUUCUACAUUGUCAGUAUUCAACUACAUCUGCCCAACAACCAGUGGUACAGUGGCGCUUUAAAUCAUACUGCAAGGACCGUACUAGAGAUGCCUUCAGCAUUCACAGCACAGCUGCACACGUCAUCAGCCAGAAAGAACAGAGUCCUACGUGGGACCCAUAUCUAGACUGUGCAGACAACAGUCGUACUGUCCGAAUUGUGGCUUCCCGUCAGGGUUCUGCAGUCACCUUAGGAGAGUACUACAAAGGACGAGAAAUCACCAUUAUCAAUAAUGCAGAUCUCCAGAUUGGAAGGUUACACUGGGGAGAUAGUGGGGCUUAUUACUGCUCUGUUAUCACUCCAGAUGACAUUGUGGGUAACAGUGAACAAAGAAUGGAACUCCUUGUGUUGGAAUGGGCAUUUGUUGCUUUAGUGCUCUCAGGAUCUCUAAUAUUCCUCAUCUUACUUGGUGUAUGCUGGUGCCAGUGCUGUCCUCACACAUGUUGUUGUUAUGUCCGCUGCCCAUGUUGUCCAGAGUCUUGCUGUUGCCCUCGAGCCUUGUACGCAGCUGGGAAAGCAGUAAAAGCUGGACAUCUUCCCAAUGUUGCAGCCUAUCCAUCGUACUACAUCCCUAGGGUACCCAUAUCACCAAGUGUAAUUGAUUCAAAGCCUCUGCCUCCAACUGCACGUGUGGACAAUGAUAUGGGAGGAUCUGUACGAAGUGGCUACAGGAUUCAAGCCAACAAAGAGCAAGACUCCAUGAAGGUCCUUUAUUAUGUAGAAAAGGAACUGGCACAAUUUGACCCCUCUCGGAGAAAAUAUGAACAAUCCAGUAACAUGUCGGAGCUGAGUUCACUUCACGAUCAGGACAGUGAUUUCCGCCAGACCUUUUCUCAGGCUCGAAAACAAGUGGUCCCUGCAAUUACUGCCCAGGACAAUGACUCAGCAUUCAGGGGUCAGCUGACAAGAGGAUCGGGACAUUUCAAGAACAGAGAAAGACGAGAUCACGAACGUUGCAGUAGCAGGUCACGGUCUCGAUCUCGAUCUUGUGAAAGACAAAGGAUUGAAUUCCAUGACAAAGACCAAACAAGGUCACUGGAUGAACUUGAACAAUUUGCAGAAUCAUACCAUUACAAGGGGAGGAGGGGUAAUUCCCUAGAGCCUGAAAGGUGGGAGAGAAAAAGUACUGACAGAGGGGAUUAUUAUAGAGCACUCAGAGACCGGUAUCACUAUCAAGAUAGCUCUUUGGAUGAUUACUAUAACAAAAGGAGUCGAAGCAGGAAUGAGCGGUAUGAUACUGACCAGGGACAUAUUUAUAAUAGUCAAAGGAAGAGAGAUAGGCAGGAAGAAUAUCCACUAAGGUGCACAAAUGAGGGCAUCAGAGCUUAUGAUGAUGCUUUUAUAAGCAAUGCUUUGGAGAGAAAAGCCAAAUGCAAAUCUUACAAUGAGAGCUAUGGCAGUGAAACACCUUCCAAAACCAGCAUCAAGCGAGGGAAUGACCAUUACUAUGGGAAACCUCCAAGCUACAGGGCAGAAGAGGAAGAGACACUGCCUCCAUACACUGAAAUGCACUUGCAGAGGCUUAGGCCAGAAGAACUGGCAGGAAGAGCCUACUACCAGAAAAUGGAAUGCAGUCAUGAGAGGAAAGAACAAACAAGGCAGAAGAAAGCUAAUCAUUUCCCAGCCAGAGAUGCUCUUGUGGUGUGAAACUAAAAAGAAUUAAGUGAAGAUUCUGUUUCCAAGAUGGUACUGCUUGACAAAUGAGAAAUGCCAAGGAUUUCAGAAUGUUGGGGACAUCAUCUGUUCUACAUGGGAACUCUACAAUAUUUGAUAAAAUGGAUUGCAAAACACUCGGAACUGACUACUACAGUUCCAUAUUUUAAAGUAUUAUGAGUCUCUGGGAGAUUUGUCAGAUUGGUUUACAUGUACAGUAUUAACGUGGUGGCUUUAGCACCUACCACAAUUUAUGUGAUGGUUGAUGACAUUCUAGAACUUAGGAACAAAAUUUUUGUUUUGGAUUAUCAAUUCAAUACAGCGGAGUGUGAACAUUACCUUACCCAUUUGGUCCAGACACUAGGUGGCAUUAUAAAAUUUCAAAUAAACCAUAGAAUCAUGGAAUUUUAUAGUACAGAAAAAAAAUCAUGUAGCUAAACACCACGUAUGCUUUUCCUCUAAAGGAACUAUUUACUUAGUUACCUUCCUAAGUUCUUGAGCUAUUUUCUUGUUUCAAAUACUUAUGCAUCUUCCCUUUAAACACAGCUAUGGGACCAGUUUUCCAACUAUUACUGCUGUAGAAUCCCAUGCCUUAACCAAUCCAAACAAAUUAUUUCCUUAACUCCCAGUUCUGUUGGUGAUAAAAUUAA